GAAAUACAUCUUCUCCGACAAGACGGGGACUCUGACCUGCAACGUGAUGCAGUUCAAGAAGUGCACCGUCGCCGGCGUGGCCUACGGCCACAGCACACAGUCGUCUGAGGAGGCCGGGUUUAAUGACCCCAGCUUGCUGGAAAACCUCCAAAGUAAUCACCCCACAGCUCCUGUCAUCCUGGACUUCAUGACCAUGUUGGCCAUCUGUCACACGGCUGUCCCCGAGCGCACUGACGAUACGAUCGUCUACCAGGCUGCCUCACCAGACGAAGGGGCUCUGGUGAGGGCAGCGGCGAACCUGGGCUUUGUGUUCUCCGGUAGAACCCCAGACAGUGUCAUCAUUCAAGCGCUUGGAGCCGAGGAGAAGUAUGAACUGCUCCAUGUUCUAGAGUUCACCAGUACUAGGAAGAGGAUGUCAGUCAUCAUGCGUACUCCAUCUGGCAAGAUCCGCCUCUACUGCAAAGGAGCUGACACGGUGGUCUACGACCGUCUGGCCGACAGCUCCAGGUAUAAAGAGAUCACUCUGAAACACCUGGAGCAGUUUGCCACAGAGGGGCUGCGUACUCUGUGCUUUGCUGUGGCUGAGAUUAGUGAGUCAUCCUAUCAGCAAUGGUUGGAGGUGUUCCACCGUGCCGCCACCGCCCUGCAGAACCGAGCCCUCAAACUGGAGGAGAGCUAUGAGCUCAUCGAGAAGAACCUGCAGCUCUUAGGGGCCACAGCCAUCGAGGACAAGCUCCAGGACAAGGUGCCUGAGACCAUUGAGACGCUGAUGAAGGCCGACAUCAAGAUCUGGAUCCUGACCGGGGACAAGCAGGAGACUGCCAUCAACAUCGGACACUCCUGCAAACUUCUGACCAAGAACAUGGGCAUGCUGGUGAUCAACGAAGACACACUUGACGCAACCAGGGAGACCCUCAGCCACCACUGUGGAAUGCUGGGAGACGCCCUUUACAAGGAGAACGAUUUUGCUCUCAUCAUCGACGGAAAUACGCUAAAAUACGCCCUCACGUUUGGAGCACGGCAGUACUUCCUAGACCUUGCCUUGUCCUGUAAAGCCGUGAUAUGCUGCAGGGUGUCUCCGCUGCAGAAGUCUGAGGUGGUGGAGAUGGUGAAGAAGCAGGUGAAGGUGAUCACACUCGCCAUCGGCGACGGCGCCAACGAUGUGGGAAUGAUCCAGACGGCACACGUGGGCGUGGGCAUCUCUGGCAACGAGGGCCUGCAGGCCGCCAACUCCUCCGACUACUCUAUCGCACAGUUCAAAUACUUGAAGAAUCUUUUGCUGGUCCACGGCGCCUGGAAUUACAACCGCGUAUCCAAGUGUAUCCUGUAUUGCUUCUACAAGAACAUUGUCCUGUACAUCAUCGAGAUCUGGUUUGCCUUCGUCAAUGGAUUCUCUGGUCAGAUUCUGUUUGAGCGCUGGUGCAUCGGCCUGUACAAUGUGAUUUUCACUGCUCUGCCUCCUCUCACGCUGGGCAUAUUUGAGCGUUCAUGCAGGAAAGAGAACAUGCUGAAGUACCCGGAACUCUACAAAACCUCCCAGAAUGCCAUGGGCUUCAACACCAAGGUCUUCUGGGCCCAUUGUCUGAAUGGCCUCUUCCACUCGGUCAUCCUCUUCUGGGUCCCCCUCACAGCCUUCCAGCACGAUACGGUCUUUGGCAACGGAAAGACCCCGGACUAUCUCCUCUUAGGCAACAUGGUUUAUACAUUUGUGGUCAUCACCGUGUGCCUUAAAGCUGGCCUGGAGACCUCGUCGUGGACUAUGUUCAGUCACAUUGCCAUCUGGGGCAGCAUCAGCCUGUGGGUGGUGUUCUUCGGUAUCUACUCCUCUCUGUGGCCGCUCAUCUCUCUGGCUCCGGACAUGUCUGGCGAGGCGGACAUGAUGUUCAGUUCGGGAGUCUUCUGGAUGGGCCUGAUAUUCAUCCCUGUCACCUCCCUGGUCUUUGACGUGGCCUACAAAGUUGUGAAGAAGGUGUGCUUUAAGACCCUGGUGGAUGAGGUGCAGGAGCUGGAAGCCUUGUCCAAGGACCCAGGAGCCCUGGUGCACGGGAAGAGUCUGACGGAGAGGGCACAGCUCCUGAAGAACGUCUUCAAGAAGAGCACUGUCAGUAUGUACCGAUCGGACUCCAUGCAGCAGAAUCUGCUACACGGCUACGCCUUCUCUCAAGACGAGAACGGAGUGGUCUCCCAGUCGGAGGUCAUCCGGGCGUACGACACCACCAAACAGAGGACCAACGAGUGGUGAAACCACGCCCCUCUCUGCCCGGCCGGCCUUUUAAGAGCCACACCCGUUUCCGACGGUGAUUUGAACCUGACGGGGAAGUCUCCGGAUAACCCCAGCCCGAGCAUCGCAGGAUAUUGGACAUGAUAAAGGAAAAGAAAGAGGGAUGUCUUGUACUUCAAAAAGGGAAAAAAAUAGGAACAAAAAAAGUGUUCAAAAAGUAUUCACUGCUGUAGUUGUGUGUCCAGCAGACAUGAGCACUGUGCUUGCAUUUUUAGCAGUCUGUGGUCUGAAGUUUCUCUGUUCUUGCUCUAUCUAAUGAAGAGGUUUCACUUCUUAAUGUCUCCUCCAUUCCUAUUAAUAGAUCCCAAAAAAUAUGUAGUUUGCUCCAAAAUCGUCAAAACUGUUGUAUGUGUACUCCAAUUGGUGACCGAAUAAUCCAGAUUUGAUUUUGACCCCACCAAAUAUUUUGUUUUGUUUGUAAAUGCAGAUUGCGAAAUAGCAGUUGUAAAUGCAAUCUCUUUCAAGUCGGCUGUAGCUUCGAUCAAAAAAAUCUCAACCAAGAAUAUUGACACUCCUGAGUUUAUUCCAGCUUUGAAUGGACCACUUCAGAACAGACAUUUUGUUUUGUUGUUAUUUUGCACUUCUACUGUAUAAAAAGGCCUUACAUUUGUUCAUGCCUUCAGCCAUACUUGUUUGUUUUUCUUCUAAAUGUUUUUAUUUUAGAAUGAUGUAGUUAUCGUGCCCAAAUUGAAUAGUUUUUUUUAAUGAUAGCCGCCUGCAACUCGUCCAAUUUCCACCAUUUUAUUACAGCACUUCGAUUGCUCUAUACAAGUAAUUGCAUUCCACACGUUACUCGGCUGCAACAAUCACAAUGGUGCCUAACUAGACUUUUUCCCUGAUUAGAAUACGUAAGAUACCCUAGCUAGCUAGUUUAGAACAGUGCUCUACCCACUAAUUGGCAAGAGGAGCUCAUUGUUCCCCAUGUAUUGCUCUCCAGUACACAAUGUGGUAGAAAGUAAAGUGGUAUAUAUAAAAUCACAGGCUCCAUUGUUGCUUUCUUUCUACCCAGUGUUUUGGGGGUGGCUGUAUGACGAUCUUGUUGAAUUUCCGUAUGCUUACAGUGGCGGCUCUUCUUUCAAAAACGUCUUUUCCCUUCGAAUGGAGAGUUUAUCCUUCUAACAUAAGUGCCAUUAGCUUAAGGGAGAGAGAAAAUUUGCCAGGAAACUCCACACAGUAUCAAAACGACUUUCUCUAUAGUUAUUUUGAGAAUUUGUAUUUUUAUAUUGGAGAAGUACGAAUUUUUGCAUUGUGACCGGCUUUGUAAUGAAUAAUUGUCCAUGUUUUUCCUUUUUUUCUCUCAGACAAAAAAAAGAAUGCCCAAAUGAAUGCCCAAAAUAUAUUUCUUAAAUGUCUCGUUGUUAUUAUUGUCACUAUAGUACCUGCUUUGUUUAUUUCAUAAUUAACUGUGUUUGUUCUCUUCUCCCUAUGGGAGAGCGGUUUCCAUACCGGCUGCGUGUGUGCGUUAAUCCGCCAUCUGCAUGUGCAUGUGCGUAUGUGUGUGUGUAACCUCUUCUACUGUGGGUAACUUCUACAUACGCAUGUCUGUGUCAUUUGUGUGAGACUGGGAGCCCUUAGAACCUCAGGUCUCCUUUUGCAUUCUUUGACUGUGUUUUUGUAUAUGUUUGAGGACGUAUGGGUGACUGACUGUGUGUGUGGUGCCGCUUGCUCCUCUGGUCUGUCUGCAUGACUCCAGGUAUAAUGAUGGUGUACUGUCUGCUGCUGUGUGGCCCUCUGUGUAUGGCCAGACCUCAGCCCUGGGGGUCCUGGGCUCUGAUGCUAAGGCUCUCGCUUGACAGGAGAUGUUGCACAAUGCACUCUGUUACCUUUCCAAUAGUGGAUAUUUUGGUAUUAUCUGGUUAUUGGUUUCAGUGUAUUUUCUCUGGGUCUACAUGUUUGUAACUUGUUUAGUUUUUUUUUUCUCAUGCAGUGUACCUCUACUUUACUACAAACCUUUUUGUGUUUCUUCCUGGUUUAAGUGAGGGUAUCAGUAAAAAUGUAUUUGUUACGCUAUACUUUUGUGUUUCGAUUGAUUAGAUGUCAACUGCUGUCACGAUUCCAAAAUGCUGAAUGUGAGUCUUCUGAUGUGAAAGUGGUCGUGGAAGGCUUGGACUGUUGCUUUUUGUCUGUGAAAGUUGUGGGCUGCAUGAAUGGACUAAAACCUUCUCCGGUUAAGUGUUUAUUGUACUACUUUGAUUCUCCCUCAAGUGUUGGUCAAUUUACAGAAAAAAAUGCACUUUUCAAUUUGUUUCAAUAUCAUUUAAUGAUUGUUCUGCAUGUUGGGACUGCAAACUUUUAAGUGUUCUGUCUUUUACUGCCAUAAAGGACUACUACUAAAAUAAACUUUUCAAACA